AUUUGUUUUGGAUGGCUCUUUGCGUGCAGUCCAUUCGUGACGAUGAAGACAUCCCGAGGCGCGAGGGGUGCAAGCAAGGGGAGGAGUGCAAGAAGAACCGGCACAGUCUCUUCUCGGGGGCAGCCGGCGUGCUCUGAAGGGGUUGUGCAGCAAAGGCGGCCACCGGAGCAGGAUGAUUUUCCCCAAAUGGGAGAAGGAGAUGAGGAUGAAUAUGUUUUAGAAGACGGAGAGUUCGUGGCAGGAGAAGGCGAAGGAGAGGAAGAGGAAGGAGAGGGAGAGGAAGGAGAGGGAGAGGAAGAGGAAGAGGAAGGAGUAGAAGAAGAAGAAGAAGAAGAAGAAGAAGAAGAAGAAGAAGAAGAAGAAGAGGAAGGAGAAGAAGACGACGAAGAAGAAGAAGAAAAAGAAGAAGAGGAAGAGGACGAGGAAGAAGAUCUAAUGGAGGAGGACGGCAGCUGGCAGAGAGAGUUCCUCGAGUCGAGGCCCGUUCGCAGCGACUUCAAGUACUUCUUUUGGGCCGUGUACGUCACAGUUGGAUUAGCUUAUCUUCACGUCAAGACCAGUGGCAACGGUGUCUAUGCACGAAUCGGCGAAAUUUUAUUUGCAGCGCACGUGACUGAAAAAUAUCUCAUCGCAGAGUUGUGGGUCGUUAUCAAGGGCAAGCUCACCAAAUGUCUGUUGAAGGAAGAUAAAUUAAUGCCCAUGAAGAUGCCCAUCCAAAACAAGAAGUUGUUGGCAUUAAACAAGACGGGUUGCAUGCCGUUCGUGGAAGGACUUUCUGAGUUCUUACGGACAAAUUUGGACGAGAAACUUCUUCCUUUAAAGUGUGCAGAGGAAGCGGAAAAAUCACAAACUCCGCCGCCGACGCCGACGACGGCCACGAAGGGUGGCUCCAAAGUGAGGUCGCAGCGUCCCAAAAAUGUGAUUUUUCCUCAAACCAUUGUCGAGUCUUCCGGUAGUCUGGAAAGGGGAUCGGGCACAAAGACGAUUCCUGGGAAGAUUCGUGGGAAGAAAACAGUCACACCGGAUCCGCCUCGUCCGGAAGGGCAAGGGGAGGGGAAGGGAAGGGAAGAGGAACUCCAAGUACCCCAAGGUUUCGUGCCGAACGAGCGCACAAAAGAUUUGACAAAAACUUGGGAGGAGUUGAAGAGUUUGCAGGAGAAGAAACUUUCACACGAGUCCUUUUACCUGCCGAUGAGAUGUUUGAAGAGGCCACCCUUGGUGAAUGGGAAAAGACCAAUGGAGGUGAGAGAGUCGGACGAGGACCAUGUGAAGUCCAUCAUGGACGCGAUGUUGAAGCAGCCAAUUGGAGAUCAUCUUCCCUUCAUUGGCCUCGUCGACCCUGCCCAGGCCGGGCGCAAAGAAGACGUGAGCUUGACGAAACUGAGAGCCGGCGACUACGAUGUUUUUGUGCUUGGUGUUCGCCAUAGUCGGGAAGCGAGGGAGCGGUUAGCACGCAUGAACCCCGACAACAUGGAGUACCAGUACAAUGUGUGCUAUGUUUACGUUGGCCUCACGAUCGAUGAGGCGAGGCAGGUUGCCCACAGGCAUAACCUUGUGGCAGGUUACCACAGGGACUUGAGCUUCAUCGAGAAGCUUAGGUGUUAGCGCCAAGUCUUUGAAAGCAGGGGGUGCGUCAAGUCGCAAGAAGU